AUCCCCCCAAACCCCACAAAACCCAAAACCCUGAAAAAAAGGAAAAAAAAAAAAAAACUCAUAAAGAAAAAAAGAAAAAAGAAGAAAAGAAAAAAGAAAAAGAAAGCCAUGAAGCCUUAGAUGGCCAAGGAAUGUUUCCAUCAACAUCACCAAUGGUGGAUGCAUCGCCAUGAAAGAGAGGCAACGGUGGCAACCUGAAGAAGACGCUCUCUUAAAAGCCUACGUCAAGCAAUAUGGCCCCAAAGAAUGGAACCUUGUUUCACAACGAAUGUCCAAACCAUUAGACCGAGACGCAAAAUCCUGCCUCGAAAGAUGGAAGAACUACCUCAAACCAGGCAUCAAGAAAGGCUCUUUAACCCAAGAAGAACAAUCCCUCGUCAUCUCUCUCCAAGCUAAGUACGGUAACAAGUGGAAGAAAAUAGCCUCUGAAGUCCCUGGCCGCACCGCCAAGCGUCUUGGCAAGUGGUGGGAAGUCUUCAAAGAGAAACAGCUCAAGCAAUCCCUCCAAUCCAAACGCCAUUCUCAUUUCUCUCCUUCUCCCUCUUCCACACCUGUCUCUACCCCAACACCACCUCCUCUCUCUUCUUCCUCCACCACUCCUUCCAUCACUACCACCACUCCAGAUCAAUCCUCCACCGUUCAUAGCCAGUACGAUCACAUUCUCGAGACCUUUGCAGAGAAAUACGUCCAACCCAAGCUCAAGAUGCUGAUACCCACGAAUUUAGCUCCGGCCCCACCUACUCUCUGCUUGGGGAGUAGUAACAAACCAACGAUCGGGAUUGACCCAUCUCCUAUUUCGAUGCCGCCACCAACGUCUCUCCCUGCAUGGCUAUCAUCAGCUUCAUCGUCUGCUACGAAUUCCACCUCCUGCUGCUCGUCUCCAUCGGUUAAUCUUUCACUUUCACCUACCGAACCGGGGCCUGAGCCAAAUACGGCUGCGGCUCAGCACCUGCACCACCGCCAGCAUAUGAAUUUCUUGCCAGUGCAGCAAAUGGUGCAGUUCUGCAAAGAGCUGGAGGAGGUGAGGAUGAGCUGGGUGCAGCAGAAGAAGGAAGCGACGUGGAGGUUGAGUAGGCUAGAGCAGCAGCUGGAGUCGGAGAAGGCGAGGAAGAGAAGGGAGAAGAUGGAAGAGGUGGAAGCGAAUAUACGGGCGCUGAGGGAGGAGGAGAGAGCUUACAUGGAGAGGAUUGAGACUGAUUGCCGUGAGCAGCUGAGCUCGAUACAGAGAGAUGCUGAGGCAAAGGAAGCGAAGAUGGUCGAUGCAUGGGCUUCCAAGCAUGUGAGGCUGGCAAAGCUGGUGGAGCAGUUGGGGUUGCAGCAGCAGCACCUCCAUUUCAAUGUGGGGAAGGAGCUGCACUGAUGAUGAAUGGAUGAAUGGACGGUUAGAUAAGGGUUUUCACUUCUCUUUUUGUUUCUGUUUUGAGGUCUUUUGAUGAUGGUUUUAGAAUAAUUUACUACUAGAAUGCAGUUUAGAUGUUGGGUUUUGUUGUUGAUUUGGUGGGCCACACCAUGCAUCCAAGAUCGAUUGAAAUUCACUAUGAUUGAAACAUCUUAGCCGUCUGAUGGAAUGGUGGAUAUAUAUAUUUAUUUUGUAGAGAAGCUUAUCCUUUUUACCUUAUCCAUUUAGACACUGGUUUUCAGAUA